AUGCUCGAGUGGCCGCCCGAGUCGAGCGUUGGCCAUACGGAGAAUCCGAGCCUAGCCGAUUCUCGGAGGCCCGCUAUCGGGGAAGGCUUGGCGGUGCUUACUAGCCUUGCGGGCGCUCCUUCGGAGGUUGUUCCUUUUGAUCCUAUGGUUUCGGAGGUCGGGGCUGCGACAAGCGAAUGGAUAUUAGUUUUUGGUCGGGCCGAAGCCGCGCUCGCUCGAAUCGGCGGCGCCGGUCUCGGCGAGCUUCGCCUCUCGACCUCCCGCGAGUUGAAGGGUCUCGAGCACAAGCCCCGUGCUACUCGGGCAUCGCAAGACGAAGAAGACGAAGCCGAGUGCUAG